ACGUUUAAAUUUGAACCGGGAGCUGGCGUUGUGAGGGUGGAGGAGGCGGAGAGGGAACCGGUCUGACACGCGUCUCCGGGCCAUUCCCACGUUGGUGGUGUUUUGUCUUUCCCCCGUGUCCCCAGCUGAGCGCGGAGGGGCCGCGAGCCCGCUUCCUCAGGAUGAGCCUACAGGCUUUAAAUGGAGAAAAUGCCGGUGAGGACAUAGUGGCCGGAAACUGUGCGAUGCUUUUGACGUCUGCAGAGACCACAGGCAAGACUUCUAUCCUUCGGCUAUCGCAGAAAGAAAAUGUGCCACCCAAAGGAAUAGUGAAGCCUAUGAAGGUAACUUUCCAAACACCACAGCGGGAUCCUCAAACUCGCAGGAUCUUGAGUCCAGAUAGAAAGAAAAAGGUUGAAAAUUCUCUUGUAGCGGAGAUUACGGACAAUCUUCUCUUGCCUACAUGCACUGCAGUCAGGAGUCAACCAACAGUGACCACCGAGGUUCCUCCGGAAAAAGAGAAGGUGCCAACAGGAGGAGAUUCUGUCCUGAUUCCUGAUCUGAGCUUCCUCUCCUCCGUCCUCCACCAUGUGGAGCCAUUUCAGAGCUCAGGCAACCUCCUGAAUUUCCCUAACGGCCAGAAAGUCUCCCUUUUGGAAGAUUUUCCUGGAGAUGAAGAUCAAGAUGGGUUUUCCCUUUCUAGUGGUUCGCUUCCCUUGCCUCAAAGCGUUUCUGAAAAUCCUCCGUCUGAAGGUGAGGGCUGCCCAGCCAGGAAUCUCUUCUCCUCCCUGGACUCCUUGCUGCAUGAAGGUGACGACGCCUCAGAGCAAAUCCUCAGUGGCGACCGGGACCUAAACCUUGUUUCUAGCAGACAUUGCAAGCCGGAGCCCUCAGCGGUGUUGCACUUCCAAAAUCCUCCCUUGCAGAAAUUGGGGAGCUUCGAAAAUUUAAACACUGGCGAAAUAAAGGUCUUUGAAAAGGAGGCCAGCCCUGAAACAAAAGAGGACUGGGCUCCCCAACUCCCUGACUGCAUGAGCUUUGAUUCUGACCUGGAGACUGUUGGGUGUGCGCCCAACAUCCCGGCCAUGCAAGAAUGUCCUGCACCUGGUUUAGAGAAAUCGGAUGGCCCAAAAGAUGAAGCAGGCACCCCGCCAACACAGGAGCUGAAAGCACCAGAAACCUUUGAGACGAUGGAAUUAAUGCCCAGCAGCCUGAAAGUGUUUAAAGAUUGGAUUUUGGCGAACAGCAAGACCGUGGCUGAAAACGAUACCGGACUUGAACCUUCAGAAGAAACCAAGGGGAAGCCAAAGAGCAUCUCACCUGAGGCCUCGGACCGAGGAAACGUGGCUCUGAAUGGGCAGCUGCCUGCAGGCGACCGGGUGCCCAGGGCCCUUGGCAGAAGGACCGAACCAGAGAGUGAGAGUAGCCAGCUCUUCACAGAAAGUGAAGAAUUCAGAUCACCCACGGAAGUCCUCGGAGCCCAAUUGGACUACUUAGAGCAAUUUGGAAUGGCCUCGCUGAAGGAAUCUGUCUUGAGAAAGCAGUCGCUCUACCUGAAGUUUGACCCUCUGCUCAGAGGCAGCCCCAGGAGGAAAGGCCCUGAUCCUGACCCGGGGGCUCUUCCGGUGGCUCCAUUGCCGCAAAACGGAACUACCACAAAACCUGCCUCCACUGAAGUCAAAGCGCCGGAACAGGAAGGAAAACUGGUGGACCUUGACUUUCCCAUUAUCCCAGAUCUGGCAAAGGCACCUGUGGGCGUCCCAGCGGGUCACGAGGAGCCACUGUUCUCCUGCGCUUGGCCUCUGGAUGCUGCUGCAUGUGGGCUGAAAUCCCGUGAGAAGGACCUGGAGGAAGCUUUGGAGCAGGUGAAGCUGGAGAGGGAUGCUGCUGUCCAAGACCUUACUGCCAAGCUCCAGGAGAAAGAAGCGGAGGCUUUGGAGUGGAAGAAGAAGUACGAGAAAAUGCAGGCCGAAAAGAAAGAGAUGCAAAAAAUUGUGGCAGAGUUUGAGGACAUGACGCUACAAGUGAUGGCGGAUUGUCAGAGCCAGAAGGAGCUUGCGAAACAGGAGCUGCAGAAGGCCUUGGAGGGAAAGCAGCAGGCGGUCUCUGACCUGAACGCCCUGGAGAAAUCCUUCUCUGAAUUCUUCAACCGGUUUACAAAGCAAAAGAAGGCCAUAGAAGGAUUUCAGAAGAACGAAGAGACGCUGAAGAAAUGCGUGGAGGAUUACCUCGAAAGAAUCAAGAAGGAAGAGCAGAGGUACCAGACCCUGAAGGCCCACGCGGAGGAAAAGCUAGAUCAGGCAAACGAAGAGAUCGCCCAGGUGAGAAACAAAGCCAAGUUGGAGGUGGCUGCCCUCGAUGCCAGCUUGCGCAAAGAACAGAUGAGGGUCCAGUCAUUGGAGAGCAGCCUUGAGCAAAAGAUAAAAGAAAACGAGGAACUCACCAAAUUCUGCGACGAAUUGAUUUCUGGGAUGGAAAAAAAGUGAUCUCUGCCUUCCUCCCAUUUUGUUCUCUUCUCCAAUUUUGGGGUAGAUUAUUUAUGAAAUGGAUUUCUACGCUUCAGUGUCUCUAGUUUGACUAAUAUUGUUUGAGAUGAAAUAGUUUUCUUUGUAUUCCCACUUUCUGUUUCUACAAGGUAGUUGAAGAGGCCUGCUGUGGAUAGCCAGGUUUGGGGUGCUUUGGAUUUUAGUCUGCAGUCUUUAAACUACCCAAUGUUUGAUAGGAUAUUUUCUGCAUUCUUGAGCUCAACUUUAUUGCUUCUUUCUAUGUUUCUGACAGUCAGCAAGGAAAAUUAAUUUCAUUUUGUAUGAAAGAAGUAGAGAAAACUUAUCUGUCAUUUGAACGAAUACUUCUGAUAUUAUAUUGCACAGACUCUUAUAAUAAAAAUUGUUCAUUAACCAUUGGUUGUCUUCAUACAAAUCAGUAUCCAGAAAUUGCAAAAUAUUCUGUCUCCAAUUGUUGAGCCAUUUCUUUCUCUCUUUGAUCU